CCCGGACGCCAGCCGUGGCCAACCACCGAGCGGCGAGCGCGGCGGACACGCCCCCCGGGGGCGGGGCGGGGGCGGCUUUCACCGGGCGGGUGGGCGUGGCCGCCGGAGCCUGGAUCACCGGCUUGUCUCCCGGGAAGGUCCCAGCCGCCGCGCCGCUAGUGAUGACAGCGAGGCGGCGAUGCAGAGGCCGCACGGACUGACCGCGCCGCAGUCGGAGGAGCCCGAAUAAGGAGACUCUGACGCCCUCGGCAGCUGUGGUCCCGCGCUGGUGCCUGUCGGGAUGGUCCUGGAGGGCAGCUCGGAGGCGCUGUGCCCGCCGCCCUCGCUGGACCUGCGCCCCUCUCCUCCCCCGGGCUCCGGCCCCCACCCCCACGAGGGCGACCGCGAGGCGGCGAAGUACGGGGAGCUCAUCGUGCUGGGGUACAAUGGCUGCCUGGCGAAUGGGGACAAAGGGAGGAGGAGGAGCCGCCUGGCGCUGUACAAGAGGCCGAAGGCUAACGGGGUCAAGCCUGACGUCAUACACAACAUCUCCACCCCGCUGGUGUCAAAGGUCAGGACCCCGCCUUGAACUCUGACCUCUGAA